UCAAUGGAAUGGACCGGGGAAUGGGGAGAAUGAUGUUGGUAAUAAUGGCGGGAACGGAGGGAACUGGAACCAUGGAGGGCCAAACGGGAACGGAGGAGGCGGAGGAGGUUGAAAUGGGAAUAGUAACGGAGGAGGGAAUGACGGAAACUGAUGGAACGAGAAUAAUGGAGGGGAUAGCAAGAACAGGGGUAACAAAGGUAACAACUGGAAUGGUAAUGGAGGCAACGGAGGGAAUGGAGGAUGGAAAGGCAAUGGUGGGAAUGAGUGGAACAAUAACGGGGGUAAUCAAGAGAGUAGCAGCAGGGAUUGGAAAAGAUCGGCCGAGUGCUAUAACUGCCAUCAGUAUGGACACAUCAGCCGGGAGUGUAACGCCCCGCGACAGGGUAAUAAUCAAGGCAAUCAAGGUAAUUCCUAUCAAGGGAAUCAUGGGAAUCAAGGCGGUGAGCGAGCCCCGCAGUACUUCGAGCAGCUCCAAUAAAGCUGCCGUUGCGGUUGGUCUGAGCAAGGAGUUGGAGGAGGGAAUUCGGGAGAUGUGUAGGUAUACGACCAAGCAGCUGGAGUUGGAGGAGAAGAAGGAAGCCGCGAAGAAGGUUGUUGAAGAAAGGAAGAAACGUGAGGAUGAGGAGAAAGCAGCCAAGGAGGAGAAGAGUCGAGUGGGACUCCAAAAGAAAAAGGCCAAAGAAGAAAAGCAGGCCGAUAGAGAAUGGAAGCUGGAGAUGUUACUGGCCAAGCAGAAGGAGUCCUUAAAGGAGGAGUUCGAACGAAUGUUUGAAGCAAGACUAAUAAGAAUGGUUGUGUCAGAACGUGCGGUCAAAGGUAAAGCUAAAGUGACCGAAUCGGAGUCGGAUGAAGAGCCAGAGGAACCGAAGGAGAGAUUGGAGAAACGAAAAAGACAGCCACAACAGGCGUGCCAAGUUAACCCUCAAGGCGAGACUCCAACGAAGGUCGGAAGAGGAGCUACGGUAACACUCAGGGCUGCGGGGGUGGAGGAGGAAUCUCCAAGACUUAGAGUCUCUGUACAUCGGACUCGACAGAAGGAUGGAAUAGGUUUCCCGCUAAGGGAAUUCAGCCUAUGGGAAGGAGCACCAGUGGCGGAUGACUUUAAUACCGUCAUUGCUUUGAAGAAGGCGAUUCGAAGAUUUUUUGGGAAGAAAUUGAAAGCGACGAUCGAGGCCAUGUGUUACGAAGCCGGAGUGGUUUAUCGGGGGAGACCGGAGGCUGUGGAUGAGCUGACCGAAUUGCGCGCCAUGUACUUUAGCGCAUCAGCUCCGCAAGUCCCCUCCAUUGCCACCAUGGCGGCCCUGCUGUUGCUCGCAUUCCUGCAGUCGGCUAUCCACGGACAAGCCGCAUCCCCGGAAGCGGGUACUGUCAAAAUCACGGGUUUCACGUACGCAGGUGAUGGCUGCCCGCCAGGGUCUGCGGAGGGGGCAGUAUCGGAUGACGGAGAAGCGAUCACCGUGAUGUUCAGCGAGUACACUGCGUCGACCGACGCUGGCUUGGACGGUCUGAGGAAGAGGUGCACGGUGACGGUCAAUCUGAGUUAUCCGCCAGGUUUCCGCUUCCACCUGGGGACGGUCACUUUGCGCGGAUACGCCAAGCUGGACGCGGGCGUGACCGGGACCGCUCAGACCAGUUACUACAUUUCCGGGGGAUCAGGAACGGCUCGAGCCAAGCGCGUCAUCCCCGGCUCUUUCGAGGGUAACUUCGAGUUCACGGACAGUUUCGGUGUGGCGGCGUACAGCCCGUGCAACGUCGUGAGAGACCUCAACCUCAACUCCGAAGUACGGGUGAAUCCUGGGAGGCCAGCGAAAAGCGGCCUCAUGACCAUAGACUCUCAGGAUCUCAAGCUAACGCAGGAGUUCGCCAUCAUCUGGGAGUCGUGCUAAGCUCCGGGCGGCGGUCCAACAUCGUCACCUUUCCAGCUUGCCAGCGGGCCAGCGGCUAACUCUGGGCACAGGCCGUACUCACACCAGGGACUUCCAUAGCUCAAUGAGCAUGCGGUGAUGGAGUCCCAGUGUGGGUAGGGUCUUCGAAUGGAUAGUCCCAGACAGCUGAGCCGAAGCAG